UCUUGAGCGGAGAGGCGCUGUGAUCGGCGGACAGCGGCAAGCUGCUGCUCUCUUCUCGAGCAGAGGACGUUUUUAACUUUUCAUCUCACACCGUGAACCUCCGGCGCUCGACGCGCAGCUCCUCGCUUUGUUCAUCCGGCGCGUCUUCGCAGCUACUUGCCAUGAGCAUCACACGGCUGGAGACCUGAGCAGCGGGGUCUGGAAGAGGGGAAGAUGCCUCAUGGACCGCUCCAUCACCGCCAGUGCGCCAGUUCAGGGCAUCCCAAACGAAAAAUAACAAAGACAUGCCGAGGUUCAGCGUCAAAUGGAUGGUCGCCGCGCUGCUGAUUCUCGUGGUCGGCGGCGCCUUCUUCUUCUGCGAGUAUCUCAUUUACUUCCCCACCAUCCUCAAGUGCGCCUGGCCGAAGAUCAGCCAUGCCCGGGGCGGAGAGGGCAUCGACGGCCGGCCGAUGGACUCCGCGGUCCGCGCCAUGGUGCUGUCGGACACCCACCUCCUCGGAGCCGUCGGGGGACACUGGUUCGACAAGCUGAGGAGGGAAUGGCAGAUGGAGAGAGCUUUCCAGACCGCUCUCUGGCUGCUCAGGCCCGAAAUAGUGUUUAUUCUCGGGGAUAUCUUCGACGAAGGCAAGUUGAGCUCGCAGAAGCACUGGGAGGAUGACGUGCGCCGCUUCCACAGGAUGUUCAGACACUCCACUGACACAGAACUGGUCGUGCUGGUCGGAAAUCACGACAUCGGAUUCCACUACGAGAUGGACUGGUUCAAGCUGCAGCGCUUUGAGAAGGUCUUCAACGCCUCCUCCACCAGGAUCGUCACCAAGAAGGGAGUCAAUUUUCUGCUGGUGAACAGCGUGGCCCUGCACGGCGACGGCUGCCCCAUCUGCCAGUCGGUGGAGAAGGAGCUGAUCAAGCUCUCCAGAGACCUCAACUGUUCUCUUCAGAACUCGCAGGCCGGCGGCGGAGUGACGGACAGCUGCGAGGGCUCGCAGGUGUACCCUCCCACACCUCCCAUCAUGCUGCAGCACUAUCCUCUGUACAGAGUGAGCGAUGCCGGCUGCACAGGACUGGAUGCUGCACCGCCUAAAGAGCGACACCUGCUGUUCAGAGAGAAGUAUGAUGUGUUGUCGAAGGAGGCCUCACAGAGGCUGCUGCAGUGGUUUAAGCCCCGCCUCAUCCUCAGCGGACACACCCACAGCGGAUGUGAGGUUCUCCAUGACAACAAGUACCCAGAAAUCAGCGUGCCGUCCUUCAGCUGGAGGAACAGGAACAACCCCAGCUUCAUUCUGGCGUCGGUGUCACCCGGCAGCUACACUCUGUCCAAGUGCUUCCUGCCGGAGGAGAGCACGGUGAUCGGCGUGUACUGCUCGGCCGGCGCCUGCCUGCUGCUGCUGUUCCUGGCUCACUGCAUGUGGAUGAAAGGCCUGCUGCAGUGCCUCAGCCUCUGCCUGCUGGGGAAGCACAAGUCGCUGUGAACCACGUUGCCCAGAGUGCACCUCGUCGCCCGGGGCUGAGCAACGGAGGUGGGAAAUACCUGACGCGAGGACUUGCAAAUGUGACGUUCCUCUUCCGAACGGGUCAAAAAAUCUGUUCAUACAACCUCGAUUUGUUUGUCCAAAUGUUUUGCGGCGCUGUGACGGACACAGUAUAUAUUUUAAAUGUCUUUAAAGGACUUUGUCACUGCUGAUGAUGACGUGGUCGUACCCUGUGACGGCACGGCACACUUGGGCCAAACUGUCUCACAAAUCAUCACUGGUGUUCGUUUUACCUUGAUUGGGGAACAGCUGGAGCUGAUUGAAGUUUUCAAUCACAUUAAAGUAACCUCACGGAAUAUUAGAACGUGCACACACGUGGCAAGACAACUCAACCAAGUACAUAUGUAAAUACUAACUGUCGCUGGUCUGAUUUAAGGUGGUGAAGUCAGAUGGUGGUUUAUGUCUCUUCACUCUGAUGUUAACUGUGACCUGAUGUAAACACGCUGCUCAUCUCGCACUCUGAACGCUGUUUGUUUCUGUCGUUGAUGUCCGAUAAUCCAUCCGGGGUUUCUCGUUUUUAUGAUGCAUAUGUGAAUAUACUUAUUGCUGACAUUCUGUGCCAAAUGUUUGUGAGGGUUUUUUGCCAAUUUGUCAAAACGUUUCUGAUGAACUGAACGUGAAUAAAUCGGGAUCUUAAGGU